AUGUGUGCAAAUUAUGCGUGCAAUAUUUACAGAUUAAUACAAAUCUAUCUAUCUAUCUAUCUAUCUAUCUAUCUAUCUAUUUUCUCUUUAAUAUCUAUCUAUCUAUCUAUCUAUCUAUCUAUCUAUCUAUCUAUCUAUCUCAGUCUCUUUAAUAUCUAUCAAUCAGUCUCUUUAUCUAUCUAUCUAUCUAUCUAUCUAUCUAUCUAUCUAUCUAUCUAUCUAUCUAUCUAUUUUCCUUUUAUCAUCUAUCUAUCUCUCAGUCUCUUUAAUAUCUAUCUAUCUAUCUAUCUAUCUAUCUAUCUAUCUAUCCAUCUAUCUAUCUAUUUUCUCUUUAAUAUCUAUCUAUCUAUCUAUCUAUCUAUCUCAGUCUCUUAUAAUAUCUAUCAACCUCUCUCAGUCUCUUUCAUAUCUGUCAAUCACAGUCUCUUUAUCGUUCUAUCUAUCUAUCUAUCUAUCUAUCUAUCUAUCUAUUUUCCUGUUAUAUAUAUCUCUCUCUCUCUUUCAGUAUCUUUAAUAUCUAUCUAUCUAUCUAUCUAUCUAUCUAUCUAUCUAUCUAUCUAUCUAUCUAUCUAUAUUUAUCUUCCUUUUAUCAUCUAUCUAUCUCUCAGUCUCUUUAAUAUCUAUCUAUCUAUCUAUCUAUCUAUCUAUCUAUCUAUCUAUCUAUCUCACUUUAAUAUAUUCUCUUUAAUAUCUAUCAAUCACAGCCUCUUUAUCUAUCUAUCUAUCUAUCUAUCUAUCUAUCUAUCUAUUUCCUUUUAUCUCUCUCUCUCUCUCUCUUUCAGUAUCUAUCUAUCUAUCUAUCUAUCUAUCUAUCUAUCUAUCUAUCUCAGCUCUUUAAUAUCUAUCUCGGUCUCUUUAAUAUCUAUCUAUCUAUCUAUCUAUCUAUCUAUCAGGGUCUCUUUUAUAUCUAUCUAUCUAUCUAUCUAUCUAUCUAUCUAUCUAUCUAUGAAAGUCUCUUUUAUAUCUAAAUAUCUAUCUAUCAGAGUCUCUUUGAUAUCUAUCUAUCUAUCUAUCUAUCUAUCUAUCUAUCUAUCUAUCUAUCAGAGUCUCUUUUAUAUCUCUCUAUCUAACUAUCUAUGA